AUGUAUCGAACGGUAACAUUCUGGGAGCCAACAAUCGCGGGAUACCAACGGGCUCCUAUCCCAUCUUUCAUUCGUUCCGUCUUGUCCUCUCCCGUGCGAGCUUCUAUGGUCACAUUAUUUGCCGUUACCAGCUUUGCUUGCGCCAAGGACCCCAAGGUCGUUGACUUCAACACUUUCAUAAACGGUUUAAGAGAGGCUGUUCCUGACAAGUCGAUACUAGAGUUAUGGGAGAAACACCUCUUUAACUACACAGAGUUGCUAGAUGAUCGUCUGCUCCCAGGCUGCGUAGCUUUUCUCGCAGUGCUAUGCCUUCCACGUCUCAAGAUAAUAUUCUUCAGCGAUCACUUCUCGAACUCACAAUGGGACUUACUAAGAGAUAUCUUGGAAGAAAAUAGGAAUCGAGGGGAUGAAACCCUAGUACAUAGUGUUUGGCCUAUGCUAGACUCAGUCAUUAUUGUCACGAGGUGGGACCAAACAUUAUACACUCUAAACAUGGUCUUUGUUCCAUAUGUUUUGUCUAGAACCCUGACAAUUAUACACGACAUGCAUCAUAAUUAUUACACCAGCGAUUACAAUGUGCCGCUGGCGAUGUUCGCUCUGCUGCCGGGAGUAAACCGGCUCCAGGCUUCCUGGCAAGUUGAUCCCGAGGUGGUAAAGCAACCCUCGUGUCUUACGCUACUUCCACUACAUAGCACUGAGCUUGAAGAACUUAUACUACAGCCUAUGUGUAACAUCCAUUCUUCCCGCUUAGAUAUAUUGCUGCGAGUACCCAAGAACCUUAGGAUCUUUAAAUUCCAAGCCAGAGCAUUGGCCGUUGACGAUGCUCCCUUCGAAUUGAAAUGGCUAGACCGCUUCGUUUGUCACCAGUCCCACUCUCUGGAACACAUCUCGCUUACGCAUAAGUGGUAUGAAGAAGACCUCAGUCUCACCAGCGAAAUCCAAAUCGAACCCAUGUCCUUUUCCAAUUUCGUCAUCUUGAAGACGAUAGAAAUUUCACCAGCAUUCGUCUUCGGUAGCCACGUGCUCCAACUGGAAAGAAGAAGGUUCCUCCGUUCGGUUAAAGUUCCCGAUCCUUCAACUUUAAGUAUCGAGUCUACAAAGUCAUACAUCAUGGAGAUGCUCUCCAAGUCGAUAGAAAUCUCACGCUUUGCGCAGUGUUACGAAUUUUGGGAUGCUAGGCGACUUGAUCGCGCCUUGGUAGAACUCCUCCGAUACCGAGAUGAGCGCUUUCCUAAUCUCAAUACUAUCGAAAUUCACAUUAUACAUUCUUUAAAAGCGACCUGGAGAUUUGGUCUACCCUGGACCACCGUUGAAGCACUGUCGAGAGGUGUAAGCUUAAAAUGCUUCAGAGGAGGGAGGCUCGGGUUGGAGCAUAUUGGAGGUGAAGACCUUGGGAAAAUUUAUCCCCGGCAAUACGAGGGGGAUGAUGGGGUUUACCAAGCAAAGGAACUAGAUGAUUCUGAUUUUCAAGAACGAGAAGAGGAAGAUGACGGCGAUGAUGAUAGUGAAGGCGAUUGA